AUGGCAUCGCUUUUGAAACAACAUGCUCUUAUCACCGGUGGUUCUCGAGGAAUCGGAUUUAAGAUCGCUCAGAAACUUUGCGGUCAGGGCUGUAAAGUGACUCUACUUUCGAGAUCCAAGUCCAGGCUUAUAGACACUACCGAUUAUUUGAAUGAGAGCUUCCCAUUGGUCGCUGGAAAAAAGCAUGGCUGGGUAUCAUGUGACUUGUCCGAUCCGGAGCAUCUAUCAGAGCGACUUUUAUCACAGUUUGAGGACUACAAAUCGGUUAAUAUCCUCAUCAACUGUGCUGGACAGACGCAGCAAAGAUUACUUGUCAAUACGAAUGACGCGACGAUCGACGCAAUUUACAAAGUGAACCUUAUUUCCCCCACGAUUCUAUGCCAUUUCUUUUCCAGAAAUAUGCUUCGACAGCACCUUGAAAAUGCCAAUAUCGUCAACGUAUCGUCAAUUCUCGCCCAGAAAUACCUUCCGGGAACAGCCGUUUAUUCGGCUAGUAAAUUGGCUUUAAACGGAUUGACCCUCAGUCUUUCGCAGGAAAUGAAUAGAAAAGGAAAUCAGAUAGUGCGAGUCAACUCGAUUCUGCCAGGACUCAUAAGAGAGACCGACAUGGGGGAAUCGGUAAAUAUGGAAACCAUGCAACAAUAUGGAUUGGAUCAAAUGACCACAAAGGCCGAAACGGUGGCAAAUGAAGUAUUGAAGGUGGUAAUGGAUUCAAGGAUUACCGGAGAAUUGAUUCAAGUCCUUGCGGUGUAA